AACUGUGGGCCCUGAGGCACUGUGGGGCAAGGAUAAAAGGCAGCCAAUCUGGUGGCUCUCUCAACCACUUCUGUCACCUCCUUCUCCUUGGGAACCAGGUGCAGCGCCAGGCUCCAGACAUGUCCUGCUCUGAGAAGUGCCAGCAGUGCCAGCCCUGCGAUCCUUGCUGCCAGUCCUGCGGCCCCUGCCCGCUGGCCAGCAGCUGCAAUGAGUGCUGUGUCAGGCAGUGCCAGAGCUCCCACGUUGUCAUUGAGCCGCCUGCUGUGCUGGUGACCCUGCCUGGCCCCAUCCUCAGCUCCUUCCCACAGAACACCGCCGUGGGAUCCUCCACCUCUGCUGCUGUUGGCAGCAUCCUCAGCUCUCAGGGAGUGCCCAUCAGCUCUGGAGGCUUUGACAUCUCCUGCAUCACCAACUGCUGUGCUGGCAGCAGAUGCUGUCGUCCCUGCUAAAGAUGCUGCUGACAAUGUCCUCGGGCAAGAACCUCCAAGACCUCAGAUCAUGGUGAUGGAAUGAAAAUCGGCUUUGGAACAACGGAUUUAAGGCUUUGGACUUUUUUCUCCUUCUUCUCCUCCUCCUCUUUUUUUUCUCUUCCCUUCUUGUGCUGUCACCAACACUCAAUGCCAGCCUAGUGGGACCUGUUGGCCUCCUUCCCUCAGCAGCCAGAGCAUCAGGCAUGCCGCUGCACCUUACUUGCUUCCCUCAGGUGCCUUCUCUGAGCCCUCUCCUUCUCUUCCUUUGACUCAAUAAAGUUCCUUUUGCAUUCAAA